UUGUAUGGAAGGAAGCAAAUGAAGAACUAAAUUUCUUUUUUUUAAGUUAAAUUAAACUUUCAGGAUUUAAUAACCCCGCUAUACUAUACUAAGUACCUAGUGAUAGCAUAUUUGCAGAAAAAAGUUAUUUCAAGAAAUACAUCAUGAGAAUUUACUUGAGUUUUGUGUCACUUUUACUUAUAGCUAUUCAAGCCGCUUCCCAACGCUUACAAGGUGUAAGCGACGAUGAUUUGUUACAAUUGAUUAAAGAGAAAGAUAAACUCAUCGUUUUAUUUACAAAACCUAAUUGCAAUGUUUGUGACAAGUUUGAUGCUGCCCUGGAAAGCCUUCAGGACGAUUUCAAGAAACAUCUCAAUGCAGUAACAGUGAAAACAGAGAAUAGUCAUUUGGCUCGUCUUUACAGCCCUAGUAAAGAACCAGCUUUAGUUUUCUUUAGACAUGGAGUACCUCUAUUAUUUGGUGGUGAACCUGAUGAGAAUGAAAUCUAUGGAUUCUUUGAGAAGAAUCAAUCUCCGGCUGUCAAAGAGUUGUCAGACAAGAUAUUUGAACAUAUCACUCAAGCCGCCACAGGGGCUACCACUGGCGAUUGGUUUGUUAUGUUUUAUGGGGCAUCUUGUGUGGAGUGUCAAAGACUACAUGCAGUUUGGGAAGGAGUUGGUGCGACACUACGAGGGCGAAUCAAUGUAGCUCGAAUCGACGCCAAUCUGGCCGGAGCUGCGACAGCAAAGCGUUUUCAAGUCACCAAACUUCCAGCUUUCCUGUUCUUCCGUCUUGGAAAAGUAUACAGGUAUGAACUACCUAAGAAUGACAUUAAGUCAUUUGUUAUCUUUGCUCAAGAUUGGUACAAAAACACCAAGGGAGAAACUGUGCCUUUAUUAGCUUCACCAUUUGAUGAACUAGUGGACUGGUGUGUGAUUAUGAUAAAAGAAAGCAUCUCCUAUGGGCUGCAUAUCCUCAGUGAGCAUCCAUGGAUUUGGCAAAUAGGUGUAGCUGGAUUUGGCCUUGUGGCCUUGACAGCUUUGAUAGCUUUAUUCAAAGCAGGGAAGCCAAAACCAGCCAGGGAUAAUAAAAAAGAUAAAAAGAGCAAAUAGAAUGUUUAUGGAGAUUCUAUCCCCUACAUGAUACUUAAAUGACAUAGUAACAUAGAAUUGUUAAUAGAGGCAACAGGAAAGUUCCUUUAAAUGACCAAUAAAUAAUGUACCAAUAAUUUUUUUAAUUAUUUAAAUCACAAACCACAUUUUAUGGCUCAUGCAUGUGGUUUGCACUAAUUUGUAGAGAGAAUGAAAUAAUGAUUCACAUCAUAAUGAAUUAAAUUUCAAUAUAGAUUGGUUAUAUGUAGACAGAUCCUAAGCAGUAAUAAUAAAAAAAAAAACAGUAAUAAUUUUAGGAUAUAUAUUUUAUUACUGAUAAGUGUUUAAAUAUAUGUAUUAAAUACAAAUACAUAUUUAUAUUUGUGUACACACAAAUUAAAGUGUGAUUUUGUAGGUUUAUUCUGUAAGUCAUUAUUUGAUGGCUUUUUAUAUUUAUUAAAAUUUAUUUUAUAUGACAUCCGUCCCAGCAUAUUUGUUAAAAGGAAUUAGAGGGUAUAUAUUAUUUCAAAACUUUAGUGAUUGCAAAAAUCAUGUAAAAUUUAAGUUGGUUUAAUGGAGGUAUAUUAAAAUGUAGAUAUAAGAAGGAUAAUAAAUAGGUUUUUAUGUCAAUCUUAUUAAUAUGUAACUUAUAGAUAGGUUUUUCAAAAACAGAAAAAAUGUAACACAGCUCCAGACUAGAUGGAGGAUAGCUUAUGCCCAGCAGUGGGACUCUUGAUGAUUCUAAAUGAUGUGACCUAUAAAACUGGUUUCAGAUUGUGAUGCUUUGCAUUUAUUAUCCUAUGUAAUGUACUUUUAGGAUUUUUUAUAUUACUUCCAUUGUUGUUUUUACAGACAUCUGACAAAACUUUCCUAUUUUUAUACAUAAUAAAGAUUAUUUAUAUUUA